GGAUAAGUGCCAGGGUUUUUUUUUGGAGAGAAGUGAAUGCAUCAGAAAUCAGACAUUUAACUUAAAAAAAAAAAAAUGUACUGUAACAAGACCCAAAAAUUAAAAAAAAAAGAAAGAAAAGACAAGAGGCACAAGUAAUGUUGUGCUAGCACUGGGUAAAGAAAUGGUUUGGUUUGGUUAGGUAUUGGUUUGGUACUUUCUCAAGAUGCUGUGAUGUGUAUCAGCGUGUCUUCUGCCCGGCACUUUGUUUCUAAUGAUGAUGUGAUUUAUGAUUUAAAAGGCCUGAACCAAUAUGGAUGUUAUUCCUUGCAACUGAAGUAUAGCACCAACAACCUAAUUAGAUCUCAGCUGAGCCCAAAGUCUCGCUGAACCCCAGGUCUCCCUUCAUCAUGAGCUUUGUGUCUUUGAGAUAAGUGAUAUAACAUUAUACUCAAGGUGGUUGAGUCACAAGCAGUAGGGAGGCGGAAGCGAGCCAAUCGGAGCGUCCCUGUCUGUGCAGGAGCGGCGGGCGCUCCAAUCCCACAGCCCCGAGGAUGCGCACACACUGAAGACGGUGUACUUCCGGACUGUACUUUGGCUCUUUGGGGUUUUUGACACACUCUGUAUUGUGGAUUUAUUGUUGCUGUGUCCCAACAGUUAGGGGAGGUAGAGGGAGGCGGGGCAAAGCUUUUCAACCUAUCUUGCAGUGCAAGGAGUUCUGGUCUCAUUAUCAUUUCUAUUCAUUAUAAUGUGUGUUUCUGUCUACAAGGAGGGCUCUAUUCUAUUUUUUUUUUUUUCUACAGGCCAGAAACCAGAAGUAAUGCAUGCUUACAACUAGUUAAGAAUAUUCUGCAAGACAGAUUGAAUAAUAAAUCCAACAGCAAACUCCUUAUCGUAAAUACUAGAUUUUAUAUAUUUGCUGUAAAGCGUUAGGUUUGACCAUCAGAGCCCGUCCUUUUGUUUUUUUUUUGUUUUUUUUUGUCGUUUGCCGUCAUUUCCUGUCGCCGUAUUAAGCUCCCCUCUCCCCACCACUCUGCUCUCUCUCUCCGUCCCCGAUGUGUGUUGUAGAACCCAGACGGUAAGAUGAUGCAGAUUAACCUGACCGGUUUCCUGAACGGGAAGAACGCACGCGAGUUCAUGAAGGACCUCUGGCCCUUGCUGCUGAGCGCGCAGGAGAACAUCGCCGGGAUCCCGUCCGCCUUUCUCGAGCAGAAGAAAGAGGAGAUCAAGCUCAGACAGGAGUCACUGGCGGUAUUGAAAAAGGUAGAUGAAGAUAAGAAAGAGAGAGAGAGCAAAGAGAAAGCUCAGUCCCGGAGUCCCAAACGGAGAAAAUCCCGUUCACCUGCGAAGCGCGAAAGGAAACGCAGCCACUCUCGUUCACCUCGACGCAAACCCAGCCCACCGGCCCUGCCCCUGCCCAGUCCACCCAGCAACAAACCCGAGCCUCAACCUGAGCCCGACCAAUCAGAGAGCUCCAAACCAGAACCUCUGGUCCAGGAGGCUUCCUCCACCAGUGAUCUGACAAACGAAACAAAGCUGGAUUUGGUGGCUGAAGUUCCUAAGGACGUGUCUCCUGAGAAACCCGCAAAGACGGAGGACAAACCGAAACCGAGAGAUAGAGAGAGAGAUCGGGAGAAAGAUGGACGCAGAGAUCGUCCACGCCAUCGCACACGGUCUCGCUCGCCUCGGCCACGACGUCGCCACCGGUCACGAUCUAGGUCAUACUCACCUCGGCGCAAACCGAGCCCGAGGAGACGCAUGUCCCCCAGACGCAGGAGUCCUCCAAGGAGACCACCUCCUCCCAGACACAGACGGAGCCGCUCUCCUGCCCGCAGGCGGCGUUCACGCUCUCGCUCGUCUUCAGGCAGCUCUUCUUCACGCUCACCUCAUAAGAAGCCAACUAAACGCAGCUCUAUCACACCACCCAGGAAGCAGCCACGCCGCACUGAUACAUCAUCCAGCCCCAGCAGGAGGCGCCGCAGCCCCUCAGGUUCGGCUCGGCGACCUGCUGGAAGAAACGAGUCGCCUUCUCCUGCUCCUAAACCCAGACGAUCAGACCUCUCCGAAUCCGAGGAGGAUAAAUUGGGGAAGGGGGCUGCGGUCGAUUCAGUCCAACAGCGACGGCAGUAUCGUAGACAGAACCAGCAGUCGUCUUCAGAUACCGGAUCAUCCUCCUCGUCCUCCGAGGAUGAAGGGCAGAGGAGAAUGGGCAGAGGGCAACCAGCAAGGAACGGGGACAUCAGGAGGAGGCGGAGUCACUCACCCGUGUCACCUAGGAGACGGCACAGAGACAUAUCACCACCGAGAAAGAGACGAUCUCCAUCUCCUCGUCGUCACCGCUCACCUUCACCCAGACGGCGUAGGUCACCAUCGCCUCCACCCAGACGCAGGUCGCCUUCGCCCCCUCCUCGCCGCUAUUCACCGCCCAUCCAGCGGCGCUACAGCCCAUCGCCUCUUCCUGCUCACAAGAGACGCCCUUCUCCUUUACCUGCUCCUCCGAAGCGUAGCAGUCCACGCUCGUCUUCCUCUCCCCCUCCACGCUCACGCCGUAGCCCCCCGAUGUCCUCAGGACGUCAGAGCAGCCCGCAAGGCAGGUACCCGGCUGCAGGGUCGUCCCCGCAGCGGCGGGGCCAGUCUCCGUCUCACGGCAGAGCCAUUCGCAGGGUGUCUCGUACACCUGAGCCACGGAACUUGCAGAGAGAUUCUCAGAGCCCACGGCCAAUGAGAAGACAGUCAUCUCGUUCUCGCUCUGCCUCACCUGAUCAUUUCCCAGCAUCCUCAGCGGCAGCCCCCGUGUCUCUCAAGAGGCCGGCGUCUGCGUCCCCCUCUCCGUCCCCCGCUCGCUCGGCCAGCGGCUCUCCCCCACCUCCGGCUAAGAAGGCCAGCAGUGCCUCUCCAAGCCCUUCCCCCAACAAGAACUCUGACAUAGACGGCGGCAAGAAAAAGAAGAAAAAGAAGGAGAAGAAACACAAGAAGGAGAAGAAACACAAGAAACACAAGAAGCACAAGAAGGAGAAAGGCGGCGCCGCUCCGUCAGGGGACGGCCAGGAAAACGUCCGGACGGAGGAAGAGCACGAACCCAGUCAGAAAAAGGAAUCAGAGAGUGAAGUAGAGGACAGUCUGGAUGAUUUGGAGAAGCACCUGAGGGAAAAAGCUCUACGUUCCAUGAGGAAAGCCCAGCUGUCUCCUCCCCAGUCUUGAACCACCACCCUCUCUGUCUUUCUUUCACAUUUAUUAUUUUGGACAUUUUGUUCAGCUUUAGAUUGUAUACAUUGUUCGAGGUUCACUCCCGACGUCGGCAUGGUGGAUUUAUUUUUUUUCUUUGAUGCAGUCUGUGUUGAACUUUUCAGCAUGAUAUUUGUUUCUUCAUCCACUAAAAUGCAGUUUUACAAAAUUAAUAAACAUCCUUUUUGUCCUUCCUUCCUCCCUUUUUUUUUCUUUUUCCUGCAACUGAUAACUGAGAUCGAGAUUGAGACAGAGUUAGCGUGUAGUUUGUUUGUUUUUUUCUAUCAUAACCUUGCCCAGUGUUUUUUUUUUUAGAAGUUUUCUGGGGUUUCAAUGCACAUAUCUGUUUCACGAUUUCCCCCCAUGCGCAUGAUCCGUACAGUAAAAACACACACUGCACUGUGCAAACUCUGAGAACAAGCGAAAAAGCUCUGCUUCUCGUCCCAACAUUUGUUUUGUAACUUUUUAAGUUGUUUAAAGUUGUUGAACCGUUUAAAGAUUUCUGGCUUUGAAAAAGUCGCAUUAAAUGAAAAUAUAAAACUGG